CCAUAUUCCGUAAGUUAUUGAGCGAAUCCAAGGAGGAGUUCCACAAUAUGUUCACACGCACUUAUGGCGUCAUCUAUCAGCAAAAUUCCUAUGUUUUCUCCGAUUUAUUUAAUGAAUUGGAAAAUUACUAUACACGUGGACGCACCGAUUUGCUGGAUGUGAUGGAUAAAUUCUUCAAUACACUCUACCAGAAAAUGUUCCAGGUGCUGAAUGGGCAGUAUACGUUUGAUGAGAAAUUCCUGCACUGCGUGAGCGAGCAUAUGAAAGAACUCAAGCCCUUCGGCGAUGUGCCUGAUAAACUGGCUUUGCAGAUAAAGCGUUCCUUUGUGGCGACGCGCACCUACUGGCAAGCGCUGCACACAGCAGCUGAAGUGUCAAAGAAGUUAAUAAAUGUGCACCUCAAUGCCGAUUGCACGGCUGCGCUCACGAAAAUGCAACACUGUGGCGCCUGUAAGGGCUAUGCGCAGAAGCCCUGCACAAAUUAUUGUGUUAAUGUGAUCAAAGGUUGUCUACAUUAUGUGAACGAAUUCGACUCGGAGUGGGAGAACUUUGCGGUAGCCAUGGACAAAGUGGCCGAACGUUUGCUGGGCUCAUUCAAUAUUGUGAUGGUCGUUGAGCCGAUUAAUAUCAAAAUUUCCGAGGCGAUUAUGAACUUUCAA